UAAUGCGAUUGAUUGAACGUAUUCGGGAUGUAUACGUACUUAUAGCUCUAUCCUGAGGGUCGCGGCACGUGCCACUCCGGCCUUGAACGUCCUUUGUUAUAUCUAAGUACCUAUAGCUGUCCCCUAAACAUUUGCAUUGCUUCCCAAAAACAUCUAACUCACCAGUCUAAUAAAAUCUCUAAAAGCACGUUAGGAUUAAAGAAUCUCAGUAUCAAUUUAUACCAGUUUGAGGUCACAAGCGAGAACAAAGCUGAGCAGACUAAUGUAGUACAGUUGGCGAAUAGCCGCGAUCCUGCCCUAUAGCGCGCAGUCCCGUCCACACGCCCCCGCCGAGCCUCUGCCGCACCGCGCAUGCGCGCCUCUGACAGCCAGACCGUGCCAACACGUCCUGAUUAUUUCCCUGCCUUUUGUCCAACUCGCGUCUCAAACUAAACAUGCGACUCAGAACCACAUGAGUCACGAUGGUGGCCAGCAUCGGUGCUAUCAACCCGACGAAUGUGGAAGCGACGGCGUACAUAAGCGCGGUCGCGGCGUUCGCGGCCGUCGUGCUGGUGGUGCUGCUGUUCCUGGGGCGCCGCUGGUGCCACGGCGCCGUCUUCGCGCGCAAGGGCUGCCACGGCGUGCUGGCUGUGAGCGCGGGGCCCGCCUGCCCUGCCCGCCUCACCCGAGACAAUGCUCACGAUACUUUGUCGAAUCCGAUCCGUUAUCCCGACCGAAUAUUCGCGUUCGACGCGUCGGACGACGACGAGGAGCAACGCUUGCGCAUUCAGCAGGAUAAAGAAGAAGUGGGAUGCCACUACGAAGAGAAGAACGAGAACGUGCCCGUGAAACCAGUGGAGGUCGAGUUGGUCGAGACGGCGCUACGCGAGACCCUGCGCGAGACAAGGAUAGACGAUGUGGCGCCGCGGCGCGCCGAGUACAUACACACGCUGGAGGCGCAGAGCAGCGUGGACAGUGACGUCAUCGUGCACAAUGAUACGUCGCUCCUAUGCGGAGAAAGCAGCAGCCAGGAGCGCGGCUCCGUGGAACUGACCCUGUUGUACGAUGCCCCAGUCCGCAGCAUGACGGUUCAUGUGCUGCAGGCGCGCUCGUUGCCGCAGCGCACACCGCAGCCGCUGCUGCAGAGCCAGGUUCGAAUAGUCCUCCUACCACUGAAGCGGCAAAAGUUCAAAUCAAAGAUACGAAAUGGUGAAAAUCCUCAAUACAUGGAAAGCUUCGUUCUUCACAAAAUCAAUCCAGAGGACGUAUACGGACUAGGUCUUCGAAUUCGCAUCUACGGCUGCGAACGCAUGCGCCGUCAGCGCCUCCUGGGUGAGGCGGCCGUGUCCUUCGCGACUCUCAACCUGGAGCUGGAGAACAGCCUGUGGCUGCAGCUGGCACCAAGGCAGCAGCCUAGUCUUCAGCUCCCGAAACUAGAACUGAAUCACUCCAUGUCCAUGUCGGGCGUGCUGGCCUCUCCAUCUUCAAUAACCACCACCACGCCGACGGGAGGCGGCGAGGCCUGCAGUCUGGCGCGCUCGGAUUCAGCUUCUUCUUGCUGUAGCGCUCGCUCCGCUCCGGAACUGCUGCUUGGACUGCAGUACAGUUCCAUCACGGGACAUCUGUCUGUCGAGGUGAUAAAGGGCACACACUUCCGCAAGUUGUCCCCCAACAAGGCUCCAGACACGUACGUGAAGCUGAGCCUCAUCAGCUCACUCGGCAUGGAGAUGGGUCGUUGCAAGUCUACUACGCGCCGCGCGCAGUCUAACCCACUCUACAAGGAACUCUUCAUCUUCCAGGUGGCCCUGUUCCAACUGACCGAGGUGACGCUGAUGGUAUCCGUGUGGUGGCGUCGCAGCGUGAAACGGAAUGAGAUGGUCGGCUGGUUCUCUCUGGGACACAGCCCAUCGGGUCGUGACGAGGAGAGACACUGGCAAGAGCUCUGCGAAGGACAUGGGGAACAGGUCCAACGCUGGCACGUGUUGCUGGAGUCCUGACGCCCGCCGACCUAGCGCGCCGACGCGCCGGCUUGAGAACUGACUUCAGCAGGGCCUCGCCCUCACGCGGCCUCGCCGACCGAGUGGACCACGGCCUCCCGGCCCCCGCUCGCUUCUCUCCAGAUCCACGGAUCUUUUCGCGAAGCUUUGUAUUGACUGCACAGAUGCAGGUCACUUUUGCAUGUGUGUCGACACCUAUGUGUGAACACGCACGUUCUGACUGAUUGAAUUUGAUGUUACAAAGAUUUUAUGGAUUUUGAAAAUUCUUAUAAGAAUUUAUGUGUUUUAAAUAAACUCAAUAUAUAGUAUUGAUAGCUUGUAGUUUUAACGCAUUGAAAGGGAAUUGUUUUAUUUUGAGUUCGGCUCUCUUAAUAGCUUUUCCAAGUAGGUAUAACAUAGCGUUUUACACAUGAAUAUCUUUGUCCCAUUAUAUUUAUAUAUAGAAUAUAUAUUUAUAUUUACACAUGUUGCUAUUUAAAAUCUAUCAUCAAAUGGUUGUUCGAAUUUGUACGAAAAACUGUGGAAAAUCUGUCUUUUAUUAGCUUCUGCCUACGAAGCAUAUUUGCUUAUAGAUAUUAUAUAUAAAAUACGAAUUACGUUGUCUAUUACGUAUAUAUACUUGUAUUUUACAUUAAAUUAAUAUGUCAACUCCUUAGAAAGGCUUCGUAUUGAUUUGAUUUCGAGUUUGAAUGUUGUAAUGUAAAACUUAGAGUAAAACAUAAUGAAACAAUUGUUUGUAUGAAUAUUUUACUCGGAUUCCAAAAGUUAGAGUAAAAGUAGCAUUUUAUAUGAUGGGGAGACUCGCAGCGCACAAUACUGGUGAGAGUAGGAUACGGUACAUAACGAGGUUAAUUAUAUAUAGGUAUACUUGUAACAAUCAAUAUAUACUAUUAAGCAACUAUUCUCGUAAAAAUUAUAUACUUAUUCUUCAUUUGAAAACUUUUAGUAAGAAUACAAAAUAGUGAUAGAAAACCGUCGAAAUUUUCAAUGAUAGGUACUUAUUUCAAAAUACUCCGUGUAUCUCGAAACCAAGUAGCUAUAUAAGUAAAUUGGCAAUUAAUUAAAAUACAUUAUGCAAUUUAGUCCCGACCAGUAAAUAAGGUAACGUAUGCUUUUCAAGAUAAUUCAUAGAAUAAGUUUUACAGUAUAUUGAACUUCUUCUGAUUAUGUAAUAUAUGUCUCGUAACGUUCAGUCGGCCUCGCCCUGCCUUGGCCCCUCCAACUCGAAUGGACCGCGGCCUCGCAAUCGGCCCCCUAUUUCAUAAUUCAUAACAUAAUCUCAAGAUAAUUAAUUACAAUAACCCAAGGUUGUAUAAAUAUAAGGAUGUUAUUAUCACGAAACUACUCUUUAACCACUCGCAGUAUUUACGCAGAUAGGUAUUUAUUACUUUUAAAACGCCAUAUUCAUGAUAUUAUUCUAAGUAUCUUUUUUGUAAAAUUGUGGAUAAAUCAUUUUACUUUCAAUAAGUACUCAACGGUAUUAAGUAUGUAUUUUUAGAUUAGAUAAAGAGUGUUAGAGUUUGGAUUUGGACAUUAAAUAAAUAAAUCAUAUAAAUGAGACAAAUCUUAAAUAAAUAAUUUAAAUGAGAAAAAUCGGCUGGUGUUCUCAACUUUGGCACUGUGUCUUUUAAAGACUUAGUCAUUCCUACAUUACGAGUAAAUUAUAUUUUCUUAAUUUUUUUUAUAAUUAAGACAUAAGGAGUUAAUAAUUGUGUCAUCAAAUAUCUUUCGCGGAGAAAAGCAAGAUAAAGAUAAAUUACUGGAUAGGUAUGACCGAAAAGAAGAAGCGAAUAUUUAUAAGUGGAAAUUAUCAUAUAUGACAUUAUAGUUUAUUGCUUAAAUAGAUUUUUGGUAAAUUUGAAGAGGAAUGAUCAUAUAUAUAUGCCCGCUACUUUUAGAAUGGGCAAUAUGUGUUAAAGAAAAAGAUAUUAAUAUAUGUUCACUGUGUUCUAAUAUAAUGUAUUUGUGUACGUUUUUGUAGUCGUAGGCAAAUAUAAACGUUUAGAAAUUAAUUUAGGACGACGAGUAUUUUGUAAACUCGUUAGGCAUUCAUGUUCUAGACUCAAGUUAUUAGAUAAACCUAACAUAUAAAAGAAUACCUUUUUGCAGUUUUGGUAAGUAUAAUUCUUUAAUCGAGCAAGCUACGGUUCUAUGUAGCCCGUAGCACUGCUUUUUCACAUGAUGCAUCAUUAUUAUCUGACCUUAUUGCUAGAGGUUAUUUUGCAGAGAUGCAGAGAACAAAUGCAAUCAAACACUUACCUAGACAAAUUUAAUUUUGUUUAUUUAAGUAAUUAAUAGAUAUUAAAAUUACAAUAGAAUGAGAAACUCAUACGGAACUUUUGAUAUCAAUGUGAGACAGAAGCAAUCUCAACAUUAAUGUAAUCCUCAUGCCUGUUGGAAUGGCUGCAAUAUCCUGUCUAUAUUGAGCUGUGUUUACAACAACAUGGAACAACUCCUGAAUCUCUUUGAC